ACACACCAAUUCAGCAACUCACAAGUUUUACAUGCUCGUGUAGCAGGACGGGGAUAAAUUCCGGAGAAGCCCCGAAGCCGCUUUUGCUAAGAACGGUGAACGUAGGAGAGAACCCAGGAAACGCCCUGCCGUGAAAACACUGAAGUAAUUAACAUUGGCUACCAUGGCUUCCUCGUUGGAGCCUGAAAACCCGUCUCCAAACAUUUUUAUCCCAGAGGAUUGGUCUGAGGCGGCAGACUCCAUAGCACUCGAUUCUGUCACUUCCCCACCUCCUAUUGCUUUCAUCUGUGGCGCCAAGAACUCCGGCAAGACCACCUUCUCUCGCCACCUCCUUAACGUUCUCCUUCAAAGGUAUAGAAGAGUGGCUUACUUGGAUACGGAUGUUGGGCAGUCUGAGUUUACUGCUCCCGGUUUCCUAUCCCUCACAGUUGUUGACAAAAUGACUCCAGAUUUGACAGUUCCAUGCCUGAAGACGCCAGAGAGGUCCUUUUUCUUUGGUGAUGUUUCUUCAAAAAGGGACCCUUCAGCAUACUUGAAAUAUAUUCAUGCACUAACUGAUUACUAUAAAAAGAAGUACCGCAUGUCUAACAAGAGUGAAAGUCCCAGUAGAGCAGAAUUGCCUCUUGUUGUGAAUACACCUGGCUGGGUGAAAGGUUUUGGCUAUGAAAUGUUGGUGGACAUGUUGAGAUAUAUUGCUCCUACACAUGUGGUAAAGAUAAAUAUAUCAGCUCAGAGUAAGAAUCUGCCUGCUGGAGCAUUUUGGUCGGAUGGCAAUCAUGAUGAACAGGUUAAUCUGAUAGAGAUCAGAACUGCUCGUCAUGACACUUUUAAUAGAUCGGUUCUAAUACAGAAAGAUGCACGCCUUCUACGGGAUUUACGAAUAAUGGCUUAUUUCAGGCAAUGCUUUCCGAGUAACUUGUCAAUUACCACAAUUAAAGAACUUGCACUUGCACUUGCUUCUCAUCCUCCCUACGAAGUCCCAAUAUCAAGCAUCAGAAUUAGACAUCUUCAUUGCCAGGUUCCAAGUACUGAAAUCUUCUACAGUUUGAAUGUGACAAUUGUUGGCUUGGCUGUUAGUUCAGAGGCAUCUGAGGAUUUACCAUGGUGUGUUGGUCUUGGGAUUGUAAGAGGAAUUGACACAUUCAAAGGUCUGCUCUAUGUGAUCACUCCUGUUCCACAAAGCAUUCUUGAAAAGGUUGAUCUUUUCCUGCAGGGCUUUAUCCAAAUUCCUACCUGCUUGUUGCAGGUCAAGGGAUGCAGAUCGCCUUAUAUUUCUGCAAAUGUUUUGCCUACAAGCUAGCUGAUAUAGGUUUGCUGACCUCAAGAACUUCAGUUUAUCUCUGUUAUAAAAAGUUAGUAUCAAAAGCUUGCAUAGUUAUAGGAAUUAAAGUCACUGGCUGAAUUUGAACUAACCAUGUGCUGGUUAUAGUUUUUUUUUUUUUUUUUGUAUUUUUGUAUUUUUGUAUUUUUGUUUUAUUAAUUAUAGCAAUACCAUGGACGAGUUACACAUGAAACACAGAUUAAAGCUUAUGAUUUUCCUUCUGAUCGAUCCCAUGUGGCUUGAUUAUUGCAUCCUCCAUGUUGUAUUAUGAAAGACAUGCUGUGAACAUGUUUUGGGUUAUGUUUUUGCUGCCCCUUGUACCGUGCAAGAAUUAUUUUCAUUAUUGGGUUAUGAAUCAAUUCAGGUGUACCCA